UUUCUUCUUCUACUACUCAACCCGUUUGACAAUUUCUUACCGCUUGCUACUCCUCAAGAAGACUAAAUCUUGAGUCUUCGACGCGUUUAAUCCUCUUCUCUUUCUCUCUUCUCCUCAUAAAAUCCGCCUUCGUCUCUCUCUCUCUCUCUGUAAAUUCAUCAAACUGUUUCAAGUUUGGAGCUUUUUGAUAACAUCCAAAAUCUCAGGCAAGUUGAUUGAUUAAGUUCGUAUUCAAUAAUAUUCAAUUGUUUGGUCAGUGAAUUGUUCAAAGAAUGUUUGGCUUAAAGAAGUCUCCAUUGAAGGCUGAGAAACAUAACUCAGUUGAUCCUGCCUAUCCUGUUUCUUCUCGUUCCAACCCUUUCGAUUCUGAUGAUGAGGUGGAGAGUAAGCAAAACCUUAAACCAAACAGAAAAACCUCUUCUGAGCCAACACUGACAGCGCAAAAUGUUGCUACAAACCCUUUUGAUGGUGAAGUGGAUAAAGAGAGUUCUUUCUCUACUCGAUCACUUACCUCAGCUGAAAGAAACAAGUAUAAGAAUGGUUUCCGUGACUCAGGAGGAUUGGAGAACCAGUCAGUGCAAGAGCUAGAGAACUAUGCUGCAUACAAGGCUGAAGAGACUACAAAGUCAGUUCACGGCUGCCUGAAAAUUGCAGAAGAGAUAAGAGAAGAUGCUACAAAAACUUUGGUCACAUUACAUCAGCAGGGUGAGCAAAUUACCAGGACCCACCAUACUGCUGCUGACAUUGAUCAUGAUCUAACCCGGGGUGAGAAGCUCCUGGGAAGUCUUGGUGGCAUGUUCUCGAAGACUUGGAAGCCAAAGAAGACUCGUCCAAUAACCGGUCCUGUUAUUACAAGAGAUGAUUCACCAAAAAGAAGGGGUAACCACUUGGAGCAGAGGGAAAAAUUGGGAUUGAACUCAGCACCAAAGGGACGGUCAAGCACACGAGCCCCAGUGACUGAACCAACAGAUACAUACCAGAAAAUUGAGGUGGAAAAGGCAAAGCAGGAUGAUGCACUCUCAGAUUUAAGUGAUCUACUGGGAGAGCUGAAGGACAUGGCUGUAGACAUGGGGACUGAGAUUGAAAGGCAGAAUAAAGGGCUGGAUCUUCUUCAAGAUGAUGUAGAUGUACUGAAUUUUCGGGUCAGAGAUGCAAAUCAACGCGGCCGUCGUUUACUUGGGAAGUGAGAUGCAAAUCAACAGACUGCUUAUUAUAACUCCCUUUUCCCAAAUCCCACAUUUAAUUGUUGGUUGUCAAUCCCAUGGCAAACAUAUGUGGAUCAAGAUUUAAUUCAUAUUGAAGCUUUACUUUCUGUACCGAGAUUUUCUUUUUUAUCCCCCUAUAACGUGUUUGUGUCUGCGCUUGUUAUUUUUCA